ACAAUUUCUACACCGUUCCACGUUCCACGUAUGACAGGAUAACAUAACCUAUACGUCUCCUGUACGGUUGUACGGUCAUUUCUAUCCACGUCUGUCAGUCUUUUCGCAUAGUUAAGGUUUCACUUGUGACAGUUUAUAUCUUCAAUAUGGUGUCCGUUUUAAAUACCGUCGAUACCGGCCACGAGGAUAUGAUCCACGACGCGGAAAUGGAUUAUUAUGGUUUAAGGUUAGCCACUUGCUCGAGCGACAAUUCGGUGAAGAUAUUCGAUUUGAAGAACGGCACUCAGAGUCUAGUUGCUGUUCUCAAAGGACACAUCGGGCCUGUGUGGCAAGUCGCGUGGGCCCAUCCGAAAUUCGGCAAUCUCCUGGCGUCUUGCAGCUACGACAGAAAAGUAAUUAUCUGGAAGGAACUGGGAGAGUGGACUAAGAUAUACGAGCACACCGGUCACGAUUCCUCUGUCAAUUCAGUUGCGUGGGCGCCACACGAGUUUGGUCUGAUCCUUGCCUGUGGCAGUUCGGACGGAUCGGUUUCUAUUGUCGCGAACACCGGUGAUACCUGGCACAUGCAGAAAAUAACAAACGCUCACACGAUUGGUUGCAACGCGGUCAGUUGGUGUCCAGCUGUCGAUUCGGCCGUUGAUUCCACUGUGACUCCUCAACAGAGGAGCGAGCCUGUUAAGCGACUAGCCACUGGUGGUUGUGACAACCUGGUGAAGAUAUGGAAGGAGGAUGGUGACAGAUGGAUAGAAGAAAACAAACUGGAAGCGCAUAGUGAUUGGGUUCGCGACGUAGCCUGGGCACCGGCGGUUGGCCCAUCUCGAGCCGCUUUGGCGUCCUGCUCGCAAGAUCGUCGUGUCGUUGUAUGGACUUCCAAUGAUUACACUAGCUGGACACCGAAUGUUCUUAAUGUUUUCGACGACGUCAUCUGGAAUGUUAGCUGGUCGUUGACAGGCGGCAUUUUGGCGGUCAGCGGUGGAGACAACAAGGUUUCGCUCUGGCGCGAGAAUUCCGAGGGACAGUGGGCAUGCAUCUCGGAAUUGAACAAAGAUCAAGGGAAUCUUAACAAUCCAGAUCAACGCACGUUGUAAUAUCACUUUAAUAUGUAAAAUAAUAUAAGCGUUGUAAAUUAAUGCGAUUUGUUUGAUAUCGAGUAUCUUUAGUAAAUUCCAGAAUUAACAUUAGAGUUAUUUACCGUUAGUAUUUGAUUAUCUGUAAGCGUUUAUUCGAAGUAUAACAAUGCUGUUUAUAUUUGAUUGAUCUUUAUUACGAUAAUAAUCGAAAAAUUGCAAAUAAAUAAUUGCAAAAUA